AUGAAGACAAGUAAACAAACCACCAACAAAGUACAAACAAAAAUGUCGGAUAUUAUUCCUAGUGAAGAACCAGAUAAAGAUGUUGAAUAUAAAGGAGAUGAUAUUGAAGAAGAUGAUUAUGAAGAAGAAGUGAAUGUUAGUACAAAAAGAGGAAGGAAGAGAAAAGCCGUCAAAGACGAAGAAGAAGAUGAAGAAGAAGACGCAGGUGGUGAGUCUGGUGAGGAAGAAGAAGAUGAAGAAGAAGAAGAAGAAGAUUCAGGAGAGGAAGGAACUGGUGAAGAAGGUGGAAAGAAAAAACGUGGUCGUAAGAAGAAACAAAAGGUUCAAUUAUAUGGAGAUGAUGUAUUUGAUGAAGAUGGAAAUCCAAAAUUAAUUGAAAAUGAUGAAGUUGUAAUACCACUGGAAGAUCCUAAAGGUCUAGAAAAAAUAGAUGAGUUGGGUUAUUUGAAAGGAGAUAGAAAAUUCCGAAUGAAAACAUUUAAAUUAUUAGGUCAUGGUGAUCGAUUAUUUAUGAUUUCUACUGAACCAGCAAGAUUAGUGGGAUUCCGUGAUUCAUACUUGUUAUUCAAGACGCAUCGUACUUUGUUUAAAAAAGUUGCCGAUAACGAUGAAAAGAUGGAUUUGAUUCAACGUGGUAUAAUACCAAAUUCAUAUAAAGGUCGUGCAGUAAAUUUAGUCACUGCAAGAUCAAUUUUCAGAGAAUUUGGAUCCAGGAUGAUUGAAAAUGGUAAAAAAGUAAUUGAUGAUUUUUGGGAACAAAGAGCAAUUGAUAAUGGCGAUAUUCCAGGUGAAUUGGCAGAUCCUGAUCAAUUGUACAAGAAUAAGUUGACUAAUGUAUUAGGUGAUGUAAGUGUAUUAAGUACUGGUCAUGCCACACCACUAACUGCUACUCCAAUAGUUAACUAUCAAACUGAUCCUACUUGGUUGUAUCAAAUAGCAAAACAAACAUCAGAUUAUAACAACAAGUUAUAUGAAGUAAGAUCAAAGGCUUUUUAUAAGGGAUAUAAGGAUGUUUACACAAACUUGAAUUUCUAUCCUCUAGGAACACAGCCGACUAGAUCAUUCAUUCAAAAAGUCAAUGAUAAACAGAACGAAAACUUAGUUUUUGAUGUUGUUAUGGAAAAUCAAAAUAUUGCUAGACCAGUGACGGGUUUAUCAAGUAUUUCAUCUGACAUUUUGGAUUUGGUGGAUGAUCCAGAAAUAAAACAAGCUAUUCUUGAACAACAAGAAUACGAAAGAAGUAUAUACUGA